GAAUGAGGCUUGUAACACUCUUCAGUCAUUUUUUGAACAGAUCAGUACUUGCAAAAGUCCUUUGAGGUGGAUUUUGAAGGCGAAAAUAUAGUUUAAUAGAUCUUGUAUGAUGUGGUUAGCUCAAAAUCCAAGUAAGCGAUGGGGCGAAAUAUUCUUUCUUCUAUAUACACCUUUCUGGUUGACCCUUUGCCUUGGCAUUGUUGUUCCUUACAAGUUAUAUGAGACAUUCACAGAAUGGGAGUAUCUGCUUAUUGGUCUUGUUUCGGCAGUUCCUACGUUCGUAGUACCACUUCUAUUUGUUGGAAAGGCUGAUAGAAAUGUUUCUUGGAGCAAUCGCUAUUGGGUAAAGGCUAAUCUCUGGAUAAUGAUUUUCAGUUAUGUUGGAAAUUACUUUUGGACUCACUACUUUUUCAAAGUUUUGGGCGCAUCGUAUACCUUUCCAUCAUGGAGGAUGAAUGAUGUACCUCACACAACUUUCCUUCUUGCUCACGUCUGCUUCUUGUUUUACCAUGUUGUUUCAAACAUUACUCUUCGUAGACUACAACAUGCAAUUGCUGCGUUGCCUGAGACAAUUCAAUGGGCUUUUAAGGCUGGCUGGAUUCUGGCUCUUGCUUAUGUCAUUGCAUAUCUGGAGACAGUGGCUAUUGCAAAUUUUCCCUAUUAUACGUUUGUGGACCGAGCAUCCAUGUACAAAGUUGGCAGCUUGUUUUAUGCAAUUUAUUUCAUUGUCAGCUUCCCAAUGUUUCUGAGGGUUGAUGAAAAACCCGGCGAUCCGUGGGACCUACCCAGAGUGGCCAUUGAUGCCUUGGGGGCUGCAAUGCUUGUUACAAUUUUACUAGACUUGUGGCGCAUUUUCCUUGGACCUAUUGUUCCUAUUCCUGAUUCAAAACAGUGUCCUCAAUCAGGAUUACCAUGGUUUGCCGAACAUACCCAACAAUUCUGAAGCCAAGGAAAAUUCUUCAGGGAAGAGCAUUUGUAAGAAUGAUCUCUAACUACAGUGGGAGCAGUCAUGCAUGCAUUUCUGUUUUCUUUGAUGCAACACUGGUUGUAUCAUGUUUUU